UAACAAUUGAAUUUGAAAAAAGGAAAACAACGCGCCGCCCUUUCAUAAAAACGCAGCCGAAGUUCUUCGUCGUCAGGAAGGAAAACCGCCGGAUAAAGAGAGGCAUUAUUUGUUGCAAGAGAUGAAAAUCUUGGAGGCCAAUGUUUCUGCACUUACAAAUUUUGAAGUGCUUGAUUUCAUACGAGGUAAAGGAGCUUCAAAAGAUCCAACACGGGUUAUUGCCAAAGUAGCAAUGUCCGAAUACAAGGUUUAUGAUUAUUUAAUUAAUACCGCAGCUGGUAGUCAAACAAGAGAGAGCGUCAAAGAAUAUUUGACAAGUAUUAAACAACAUGAGCUGUCAGAGGCUGAGGUUCUGAAUGUAUUAAACAUCAGACCAGCUGCCGAAGUUGAAUUAUUUCAUAUCAUAGAGGAUUGUACAAUCCGUUUUCCAGAUGAACAGAUAGCUGAAAUAGUAGAGCUGGUAGAAGAAACAUUGCCAGCACCAUCUAACAAAGAGAAAUCAAAAGAAAUCUCCGAGGGUGAAGAAGAAGAAGAAGAAACAGACACAAAGAAAAAUGAAAAUGGUAAUGAGAUUAGUCAAGAUCAAACUGAAGACGGAGAACAAAUGGACACAAGUUGACAUUUAAUUUUAAUAUUUCAUGACUAGCAUUAGAGGAUCUCAUGAAGGUCGUUAGGUAAAAAAAAUUGAUUUGAUGAACGUGUAUAAAAGAACCUGAGAAAGUCCUGUGGGUGUGUUACUUCUACAAGGAAACUUUAGGAAUGCAAAUGCUGCUGGCUUUGCUUACUCUAAAUCGAAAGCUUAGAAUUUCAUAAUAUAUUCUUUCCAAUGAUUGAUUUGUUUCUUGUCCAAAAAUAUAUUUCACACCUUAUGUUAUGGUGAUGUCAAUUUCAAUUUUUCUUUGUUAUAAUCAUAAAAAAAGGUCCAACUUUACCCAUUUCAUACCUAUGGGAUAAGUAAAUUAAAAUUUUAUUACUUGAAAAUUUUCAAAUAUACAUUAAAGAAUACUUUAACCAU